AUGGGCACUACAGACCAUGUCAUCGUCCUGGCAUCCACGAAUCGAGCUGAUGUUUUGGACAAUGCUCUGAUGAGGCCUGGGCGACUCGAUAGGCAUGUCUUCAUUGAUCUUCCCACUCUGCAGGAGCGGCGGGAGAUUUUCGAGCAGCACCUGAAAGGCCUGAAGUUGACCCAGCCGAGCAGUUUCUACUCCCAGCGACUGGCAGAGCUGACACCAGGAUUCAGUGGCGCCGACAUCGCCAACAUCUGCAAUGAGGCUGCCCUGCAUGCUGCACGGGAGGGGCACACAUCUGUCCACACGUUCAACUUUGAAUAUGCGGUGGAGUGUGUCAUUGCCGGAACUGCUAAAAAGAGUAAGAUCCUUUCCAAGGAGGAGCAGAGAGUGGUUGCCUACCAUGAGUCUGGCCAUGCCUUGGUUGGUUGGCUGCUCGAGCACACAGAAGCUGUAAUGAAGGUCUCCAUAGCACCUCGAACAAACGCUGCUCUGGGCUUCUCUCAGAUGCUCCCUCCGGACCAGUACCUCUUCACCAAGGAACAGCUGUUUGAGCGGAUGUGCAUGGCGCUAGGAGGUCGCGCGGCUGAGGACAUCUCAUUCAGCAGGGUGACCUCUGGGGCCUAGGACGACUUGAAGAAGGUCACCCGCAUUGCCUACUCCAUGGUGAAACAGUUUGGGAUGGCACCUAGCAUUGGGCCUGUCUCCUUUCCUGAGGCACAAGAGGGCCUCAUGGGCAUUGGACGGCGUCCCUUCAGCCAGGGCCUCCAGCAGCUGAUGGACCAUGAAGCCAAACUGCUGGUGGCUAAGGCCUACAGACACACCGAGAAGGUGCUGCUGGACAACCUGGACAAGCUGCAGGCGCUGGCGAAUGCCCUUCUGGAAAAGGAAGUGAUAAACUAUGAGGACAUUGAGGCCCUCAUUGGCCCACCACCCCACGGGCCAAAGAAAAUGAUCGCACCACAGAAAUGGAUUGAUGCUGAAAAGGAGAAACAAGCCUUGGGGGAGGAGGAAGGUCCGGCUCCUUAGCCUCCACCUCCAAGGCCCAGCUCCACUUUCCUCAA